AUGGCAGAUGGUACCUACAGGUUCCAGCAGCCUGGGGCCGGGCAGUUCUACUUCCAAGCUCAAGCACAGCAGAACCCUCACCAGCGACACAUCGUUCGAAACGGGACCAAUUCUCCGACGGGUCGACUGAAAUUCAACCCCGACACCCCCUCCCCCUCUCGAUCUCCUGCCCUAAACCAGGCUGCUGCUCUCAGUUCCUUCAACAACAUGUACGGCCAAACCCACCAAGGUCAGCAUGUCAUGAUGAAUGGCGGUCAAGCCCACCAGCGGUUUGGCAUGCCGAUCCCAAAGUUCCAGUCGCAAACCCACCACUCUCAUCACACACAGCAGCCGCAUCAUCAUGCCCACCACGCACAAGCCACCCACAACCUCACUCAUCAACACAAUUUCCCCGGCGGCGCACUAGCCACUACGACAACUUCUCACUUCAACUCGACUCAUCUGCAGAACGGAGUACCGACCGCGGAGGAUGAUCUUGACGAAUCAAUGAACGAGCAUUGGCAGCAGCAGCUCCAGCUUGCGGCGGAGUCGAGACAAGCCACUUCCCCCACUACCAUGCCCGCCAACAUUGACACAGAGAAUGGGACGGAUGGGCGAAAUGGUGCAUCUGCGGGGAAGCCAGCUAGCCGACAGGGUUGGAAUGCGCUUGAUUUCGGUGGCCAAGGAUUGCGCGCUUUGACUACUUCGUUGUUCAACUAUGGCUUCAUUGAGAAGCUGUACCUCAACUCUAACAAGUUGAAGGUGCUACCCCCGGCUAUUGGACAACUGCGGAAGUUGAACCAUCUGGAUCUGUCAGGCAACGAACUCACGGAGCUACCAGAAGAACUUGGCAUGCUUUCAAACCUGAAGAAACUCCUUCUAUUCGAUAACAAUAUUCGCACCCUCCCUUACGAAAUGGGCUACCUUUACCGGUUGGAAACCUUGGGUAUCGAGGGCAAUCCCUUGAACGAUGUCCUCAAAUCUCAGAUCAUGAAGGACGGAACCAAGGCUCUCAUCAAGUACCUGAAAGAAGAGAUGCCAGUUCACCUACCUCCUCCUGACCGUGACUGGGUCAUUCUCGAUGAUACCUCCACCUCGUCCAACAGUAAUACGGAAAAGAUCACCGUACUGUCGUACAACACCCUGUGCGACUCUUCUGCAACCCAAUCGCAUUAUGGCUAUGUGCCCUCACGUGUUCUGUCCUGGGAAUACCGUCGCGAGCUUAUUCUUAACGAAUUACGAUCCCAUAACGCAGAUAUUGUCUGCCUUCAGGAGGUUGAUCAGGGAAGUUACAACAAUUUCUUCCGGGAACAGCUUGCCUACAAUGACUACAAAGGUGUCUACUGGCCGCGUGGUCGCGCGAUGGGCAUGCAGGAGGAAGAUGCCCGAAUGGUCGAUGGAUGUGCUACCUUCUUCAAGGGAAGCAAGUACAUCCUGUUGGACAAGCAGUUGAUCAACUUUGGUCAGACAGCCGUCCGUCGACCUGACGCCAAGGGCCAAGAUGAUAUCUACAACCGACUGUGGCAGAAGGAUCACAUCGCCGUUGUGGUCUUCCUGGAAAACCGGCAAACCGGUGCUCGCUUCAUCAGUGUAAAUGCUCAUCUGUAUUGGGAUCCUGCCUUCAAGGACGUCAAGCUCAUUCAGACUGCGAUUCUGAUGGAGGAGAUUACCAAACUCUCGGAUAACUACGCGAAGUGGCCUGCCUGCACAGACAAAACCGCAUUCCGCUUCUCAGAGGCCGAAAGUGGCUCAGAGACUACGCCCGUUGUGGAACCGGCCCCCUCGAUGGAGUACACCAGUGGCGAUCAGAUCCCUGUUCUCAUGUGUGGUGAUUUCAACUCCUCACCGGGUUCUGCGGCUUACAACUUGAUCUCCACUGGACGACUUCCCGAAGACCAUCCCGACCUGGAGAAGCGACUUUACGGAAACCUCAGCAAGGUUGGUAUGACGCAUCCCUUCAAGUUGAAGUCCGCGUACUCCUCCAUGGGAGAACUGAGCUUCACCAACUACACUUCCGACUUUACGGCCAUUCUUGAUUAUGUUUGGUACUCUUCCAAUACUCUCCAUGUGUCGGCGUUGCUCGGCGAAGUGGACAAGGAAUAUCUGCGCCGCGUGCCCGGGUUCCCGAAUUUCCACUUCCCAAGUGAUCAUGUCGCGUUGCUUGCGGAGUUUACGGUCAAGGGUAAGAAGGGCAAGGUUGUAGAGGCAGACUUUGGGCCACAACGGCACUAA